AUGAAAUAUUCUGUAUCGGUAUGGAAACAACAUGAACUUCAUCCAAAAAUUGCAAACGAAGAUGCAAUUAACUGGAUCUUUCUCGCUGAUCUAUUAAACUUUUCUUUUUGGUCCGAUUUAGAAAAAGAUAAAGGAUCGAAUUGUCAAGAAAGGUUUACCAUCCUUUAUAAAGAUAAACGAUAUACGGGAUAUUGGUCCUUAUGCGCGGCAAUUAAUCGAGCCAUUGAUGAAGGGAUACCAAUUACAACACCAUCAGUUUAUGCCUCAGCAGAAAAUUUAAAUGAUGAUAAAAUUAAAUAUGCCUUUCGUUCUCAUACAGGCGAAGAAAUUCCUUUGCUUCAGGAACGUAUUAAUUGUAUGAGAGAAGCCGGUAAAAUUCUAGUUGAGAAAUUCGACGGUAGUUUUAUUAAUUGUAUUAAACAAUCAAAUAAUUCUGCCAUGAAAUUGCUAAAAAUAAUUACCGAUAAUUUUGAAUGUUUUCGUGACGAAUGUGAAUUUCUUGGACGUAAAGUCCAACUUUAUAAACGAGCUCAAAUAUUAAUAGCUGAUACUUGGGCUUGUUUUGAAGGACAAGGUUAUGGUUCUUUUAAUGACAUUGAUGAAAUAACAAUGUUUGCAGAUUAUAGGGUUCCACAGGCACUUCAUCAUUUAGGUGCAUUGUCAUAUUCUCAACAUUUACUCAACAUGAUAAACUCAUUCACAUUAUUACCAAAUGGUUCACAAUUAGAAAUCGAGAUUAGAGGAAAAUAA